CUGGGACUGGGGGGGCAGAGGGAGAAGUGGUUGGGUAUCAAUGUGGAGGUGGUGAUGGGGAUGCUGCGAGCUGAGCGGGUUCAAAGGAGCUCCUGGUCCUCAGCGCGGUGCUGCUCCUGCAUCCCGGGGUGAUGAGGAGAAGCGCAGACCCCCAAGGCAGCCAUGAAGCCCCCGCAGCAGCGAUGGAAUCCCUCUGGCUGCAGAGCUUCGACAAACCGUGCCGCCUCCUGCUCCACGCGCUCUCCUCCGGCUCCUCUGGGAUGCUCGCCGCCCUCCGGAUGCUGCAGCGGGUCCAGGCCCACGAGGAGCUGGGGCAGGCGUUCUCCUGGCAGACCUUCACCGCAGCCCUGUGCGCCGAGGAGCCCACGCUGGAGGGACCGCAGGGGGCUCUGGCUCUCAAGCCGCGGCUGCUGCUGCUCCCUGUCAUGUGCCAGAGAAACCUCUUGUCCCUGCUCCUCGUGGUGCAAGCUGUGGUGCCGGAGAGCUGCCUCCGCCGGCUGCUCCGGGCGCUGGAGCAGGAUUCCCAGCUGGAUCCCUGGGUGCGGACACUGAGGGAUCUGCUCCGACAGGGACUGAGGGGAGACGAGCGCUCCCUGCCUCCUGUUCCGUUGUCUUCUGCGUGCCAGGAGCAGCUUAGGCAUCUGUGUCGGAAAAUCGCCCCCAAUAAACCAGAGGGGCAAAGGAAACUGAGGUGGGGGUUCAGCGAGCAGCCCAGUGUCUCUGGGGAUGCGGCUGCCUCUCCGCUUCACGGUGGGAAGCGCAAGAAAGCGUCGGAAGAGAGCCUGGAGUUGGAUGAGGAGAGAGAGAAGAAGAGGUUGCUGCUGGAAGAAGGAGUGUUUGAUUCUCCAGGAAUGCAAGAGAGUGGCGAUGCGGCAGGGGUGGAAGAGGAGGUGCCUGCGGAGACUUUGGGGGAUGUAUCUGCUCGGAGCUCAGCUGGAGCUGCUCAGGAAAGCUCGCAGAAGGCUGCAGCUGGGGAGCCCAGGAAGAUGUCCCAGUCAGAGCUGGCAGCAGAGGACCAAUCCUUUCUGCAGGUGCACGGACCGAGGCUGAAAAUGCUGCUGCAGGCGGAGUCCAGCCGCUCGGAGCUGAGCAUCCCACCCGAGCUGCGUGUCCUGAACGACUACUCUCCCAGCCAGCUUGAGGGGCUGUGCUCCUUCCUCCAGCUCUCCACGGGCCCGGAGCACCUCCUGGUGCGUUUCUGCAGUUGGCUGCUGGCUCUCAGCCCUGACCUCAGCUACACCAGCGCUGCCGUCCUGGCAGAGCAGCUCUUCCUCAGGCGAGUCGUGUCCCUCACCCGGCCGCCUUCCCGACACCUCGUGGCUGCCCUCACUUUGUUCUGCUCCAAGUAUUCCCAACCUUUCUGUCGUGUCGUGGUGGCUGCGAUCCUGCGGAAGCCGGGGGAAGAUGCUGAGCAGAUCAAGCUGGUGUGUGAGCUUGUGGAGGAGUGCCUGGAGCCAGACUGUGUCACACUGGUGCUGAGCCAAGUUCUGGAGGUGCCUUUGUCGGAGAAGCUGCUGCCGGUGGUGCAAGCCGUGCUGGAGCGGCGGGAGGUGCUGCCCACCGAGCUCUUCGAUCUGCUGCUCCUGAUGCUGUGCAGGCAGGCGCCAGCCUUCGCCACGUCACUGAAUUACGCUAAGCUGGUGACAGCCGUGCUCACGAUGUACCAAAGCCAGGUCACCCCAGCCCACAGGAGCAGCGUGGCUGCCGCUCUGGAUCGGAGCAACGUGGCUCUGAAGAAAUCGCUGCAGGCUGUGCUGGAAGGAACCAGGUGAACACCGAAGGUGAUGGCUUCCUGCGGCAGAGGGUGCUUGUUCCGUGAGGGUGGAUAUAUCCCCGUCCCUCGCUGGGGCUCAAGACGGUGAUGGAGCCCCACUCUUCCACCUAGAACCUUGCAGAGCUCAGCCAGCCUGGUUUGAGCUGGGCAACGCCAUCCCAGCCCCACGCACACCCCAAGGUUGGAAGAUGGGGGGUUUUCUUGGUUAAACAAUGAAUUUAUUUGCAGUCUGCUCUGUCUGGUCUGUCUCUUGAGCCCACCACCAUGGGUGCUCUCGCCACGCUCAGGAUGGUGGCAGAGGAGG